AUGCGAGCGGUUCUGCCGGGGAGACCCCCAGCGAAGCUCCAGUCGUUCAGCACGGCGCUGUGGGACGGUCUUCGCAUUGUUGCCUAUAUCUCUGGCCAUGCACUGGUGAUCCUCGGCGGUCCGCAGAAGCUCCUACAAACGAUCUACGUUGACGACACCGAGACACUCGAGGCGGUUGCUGUCGACGAGGCUACGGGGAAAAUCGCGGUUUGCGGAGGACCAGAUGUCUUUAUUUAUCAGCCGUAUGGGAUACAACAUGAGGCAUUGAAGUGGUCGCUUGCCCAUACCUUCCGCUGUGAAAAUGACGAUGAGACAAUCCGGACGUUAUCGUGGGGCUCUCCCGACGAGCUACUCCUCGGAAACUCACACCUCACUCUUUGGUUCCUAAACGACACCCCGCGACUCGUCUGGAAACAGAAACUCGCCAGCCCCGUUAAAUUCGCGCAGUUCUCUCCCGACGCGACAUUGGUGGUUACAACGGGUCUCUACGAUCGAAUCGUCAAGGUAUGGCGACGACUUGCCUUUGGCGCAGACGAUGCCCGCUUCGAUGUCUUUUACCUCGCGCACCCAUCCAUCAUUACGGGGAUACACUGGCGGAAACCGUAUCAUCGAGAGCAGUCGAUGGAUAAUAUUCUAUAUACUUUGUGUGCGGAUAAGAAGAUCAGAGUGUGGACUGCGACGGAGCAUCUUCCCUCGUCGGCGCUGCGGCUAUGGACGCAGAUCGACAUGGAAGCCUCUGUUCAACCGAGAGAUGCGAACGAAGCGAGGACGAUGCGACGAUACGGGUUCGUGUUGGAUAGUCGGGACUUUUGCGUGGCUACGGAACGGGCUGUCCAGAGAGGUACGGGAAACAAGGGGAAUCAUGCAUUGGAGCAUAUUAUCGAAGUUGCCAAUAAGUUUCCAGAGAUCUGCGUCGUGAUUGAUGGACAGGGUCAUAUGUCUGCUUGGGCGUUGGAGGAUGUGGGUUCCAAGACUCCCCCCGAAUCGAAAGCCUUUAAUAUCCUACAUGUGGAGGGUCUGAACUUCUCAUUUAUGUCCGGUGUUUCUGCGGAGGAAGAUUACACCCAGCUCUGUGCAUUCCAGAGCGAGACGUCUGUCGAUUCUAUCAGUAUUCUUGCCCAUCACUUUGACGGCAGAAUCGAGUGGUUCGAUUCCCCCGUUGACGUCUUGUUCGAUCCAGCACCGCGCAAAAAUCGCAUCUCCCGAGAAGGAUCCUGGAGUGGACAUGAUGGACCGAUCAAGAAGCUUGUCCGCAAUGCAGUUGGAGAUACUCUUGUUUCACGGACGAAUGAUAGCCACGCCUUGGUUUGGAAACAGAGACGGCGAGGCUCGGGCUCGACUCUUGUCAGACAAAGUUCACUCUUUUCGGAAGAGCACAUCCAUCGCAGUUGUAUAAUCAGGAAUGGUGACUAUCUGGUUAAUCUUCACCACAACGCUAUUUCUCUGUGGGAUGUUCGCUCGUUCUACGCUGAGAGGCUACAUGUUGAGACGUUUGAACUUUCGAGCAAGCCGCUUUGUGUUCUUCCUAUUCCUACUGCAGAGAAGGAUACCAGGAUUGCUUAUGUAGCCACUAUCGGAACCGAUAUGAACGGAAUUGCAUGGGAGGUCCGUCUCCCGACCGGGGAAAGCCAAACGAAUGGUAACGGUUACGCCCAGCAAUACCAUUUACGGCAGUUCUGCACAUUCAGCCUUAAUCCCAAGGAGGAUAUCUCUUAUAUAUUACCCGUGGACCCUGCCGGGCUAGAAGCCAAGGCGCCUGGGUCUUUGGACGUCUUUUCUCCUGAUAUAGCACUCUCAUAUACCAAAACAGGAACCAUCCGGACCUGGACUGCCAAAGUCGACAAGGGAAACAGCCAGAUCGACUGGCUUUUAACAUCAACCGUGGAAACAGGAAUCAAUAACCCAUCAUUUGCAAGCGGAAGCUCCAUCAGAAAAGCCGCGCUCGUGGAUGAGGAUCGAACCCGUUUGACAGUAUGGGAUACUAGCGCUGCUCAACUGGAAUAUGAAGAGAACUUCUCCCAACAAGACAUCAUUCGCGAUCUCGAUUGGACAUCUACACCAGACAUGCAGUCAAUAUUAGCUGUUGGCUUCCCUCAUAAAGUCAUUCUCCUAUCUCAACUCCGCUACGAUUACCUCGACGCCCGUCCCUCCUGGACACAAGUCCGCGAGAUCUGGAUUCGAGACCUCACGCCCCAUCCAAUCGGUGACUCCUGCUGGCUCAGCAACGGAAAUCUGGUCAUCGGUGCCGGAAACCAGCUUUUUGUCUACGACAAGGAGGUUGAUGUCGGUGAUCGCCUUGUCUCUGAGCUCCGGAUUCCAUCACAUGGUUCGUCGCAUGUGGAUAUGUUUGAGGUCGUGAGUCGCUUGAAUGGGCCGUUGCCUGUUUUUCAUCCCCAGUUCCUGGCACAGUGUAUUCUUGGUGGGAAGAUGAAUCUGGUUCAUAAAAUCUUGACGACCCUGCAUCGGAAAAUGAAGUUUUAUACGGAAGGGGAUCAUAUUGAUAGCUUUUUGGAGAUAGCUUUGGAGGAUUUUUAUGUGGAUCAAGAUACACCACAGAAAGCAUCCUCAAAGGAACUACACGCCUCACUCGCAGAUUUCACCCUCGAAGACGAACCAUCCGUCAUUGACGAAAACGCCGCCGCAACACUUAACGAGACACUAUCCCGAAUCGCUCUCCCACAACUCUCAAGCCAGGAGCAAUUCCGUCUCGUUAAUACAAUCGAGUGCGUUGCAACGGUCGAGAAGCAACGGCGCUCAAUGGACGAUAACGCCGCUCGCUAUUUACUUUUCUUCCGGCAGCAUAUGCUCCGCAAAGCACAGGGUGUUGCGAAUAGUGAUACGGUCUCGUGGAGAGAGAUUGUCUGGGCUUUCCAUAGCGAGAGUCAUGAUAUUCUGUCUGAUCUUGUGUCGAGACAGGUUAAUAACAAAAUGGUGUGGGUUUCGGCGAGGGAGAGUGGGGUAUUUAUGUGGUUGUCUGAUCCGAAUGCUAUACGAGCCCAACUCGAAGUCGUCGCCCGAAACGAAUACACAAAAACAGAAGAAAAGAACCCCAUCGACUGUUCCCUAUACUACUUUGCCCUCAGAAAGAAGAACAUCCUCCAAGGCCUCUGGCGCAUGGCAACCUGGCACCGCGAACAGGGCGCUACACAACGACUUCUCGCGAACGAUUUUCGAGAACCACGCUGGAAGACAUCAGCGCUGAAAAACGCAUACGCCUUGCUUGGAAGGCGGAGAUUCGAAUACGCCGCGGCAUGGUUCCUCCUCGCAGACCAUCUACGCGACGCAGCACAUGUCUGUAUAAACCAGGUCGGCGACCUCCAGCUUGCAAUUGCUAUCACGCGAGCGUACGAAGGAGACGACGGACCUGUCCUCAAAGAGAUCCUGGAACAAAGGGUCCUACCCGAAGCCGCAUCCGAUGGUAAUCGCUGGAUGGCAUCGUGGGCAUUCUGGAUGCUCGGCCGUCGGGACAUGGCCGUUCGGUCUCUAAUCUCCCCCAUCGAAACCCUCCUUACCCCACCCCCCUCCUCAUUCCCCCAAAUAACAACCACAAACCCAACCACAGCAGUUCCCCUCCACGCAAAAUCCUACCUAACCAACGACCCCGCCCUCAUCCUCCUCUACACGCACCUCCGCUCCCUAACCUUGCAAACCCUCCGCGGCGCCUCGCAAAUCCCCCCUCUCACCGAAUGGUCUUUCAUCCUGCGCACAGCCCGACUGUACGACCGCAUGGGCUGCGACCUUCUCGCGCUUGAUCUGAUCCGGCACUGGGAGUUCCUGAAGGGACCGCCGGAGCCGAAGGCUGCGAAGGAUGUGGAGGGGGUGUUGGGCGAGGGCGGGGUUGAUUUUAGGCGGAUGUUGAGGAGAAGGAGUAGUUUGGUUGUUGCGGAUUUGCCCAUCCCUGUGCCUAUGCCUGAGAGUGAGAGGGUUGGACAGGAGAAGGAGGGGGAGAACGAGGAGAAGCCGAAGCCGAAACCGCCGCCUACGACGUUUACGGAGCCGGAUGCGAAUUCGUUGUUGGAUAGUUUCGGGUUUUGA